ACUUCACUCAUUUCUCAUCCUAAAAAUGGAGUUUCUUCUACCUUAUAAUUUCUUUCUGCUUUUUCCUCUUAUUCCCCUUCUUGUGUACUAUAUCAUGACAUCUAAAGGUAAAUACCAAAAGAGUCGUGAUCAAAACUCACCCAAUUUUCCUCCUAGCCCUCCCAAGCUACCAAUCAUUGGUAACUUACAUCAAUUAGCAUGCAAACCUCCUCAUCUUGCUCUACAUAAACUCUCCCAAAAAUAUGGCCCAGUUAUGCUUCUGAAACUAGGUAGUGUACCCACACUCGUAAUCACAUCGGCAGAAGCUGCAGAACAAGUAUUGAAAACAUAUGAUCUUGAUUUUUGUACUAGACCUCCAUUGGCUGGUCCAGAACGUCUAUCGUAUCAUUACCUAGAUAUUGCGUUUGUACCAUAUGGGGAGUAUUGGAGAGAGAUGCGAAAAAUAUGUUUUCUUGAAUUUUUUUGCACCAAGAAAGUUCAAUCCUUUAAGGUUGUUAGGGAGGAAGAAGUUGGAGUUAUGAUUGGUUCCGUCUCCGUAACUUCCUCAUCUACUGAUGCUACUCCUGUUGAUAUACUUAAAAUAUCAAGAUGCUUAUUAAGCAAAAUUCUAUUUAAAACUUGUUUUGGUAAGAUUUCUCAAAGUAGACCUGAGCUAUUCAAUGAUGAUCAUGAUAGACGACUGGUGAGGAUUCUUCACGGAGCUGUGGACGCAAUAAAUUGUUUUUCUGCGUCCGAUCUUUUUCCUAGCGUAGGUUGGGUUAUUGAUAGGAUUACUGGAUUUCAUGGGAGAACUGAAAAAUGCUUUCAUGAUUUAGAUGGAUUUUUUCAACAAAUCAUAGACAUACGCUCCAACUCUAAGAAACCAGAACACGAGCAAGAAGAUUUUCUUGAUAGUUUGCUGAAAUUAGAGAAGGAAGAAGCAAGCACAAUUCCUCUCACUAUUGACCAUAUCAAAGCAGUUUUUACGGUCGUAUUUCUUGCCGGAGUAGACACGUCUGCUAUAACAUUGAGUUGGGCAAUGUCAGAACUGAUCAAAAAUCCAGAAGCCAUGAAAAAAGUGCAAGAAGAGAUUAGAAGCAACUUGGGAUCGAAAGGGAAGGUACAAGAAUCAGACCUUGAUCAGUUCCACUACUUAAAAAUGGUAGUUAAAGAGACUCUAAGGUUGCACCCAGCAGGACCACUAUUGCUUCCUAGAGAAAGUAUAAGACCCAGCAAGGUUGAUGGAUACGACGUGUUGGCGAAAACUAGGGUGCUAGUAAAUGCAUGGGCCAUUGGAAGGGAUCCUGCGUAUUGGCAAAACCCAUAUGAAUUUAUUCCAGAGAGGUUCAAAGACAGCUCUAUUGAUUUUUUGGGAGGACGAAACUUUGAAUUCUUACCAUUUGGUGGUGGUCGAAGAGGUUGUCCCGGAGUGAAUAUGGGAAUUAUAAUGACAGAGCUCAUCCUUGCCAAUCUACUAUACUCUUUCGAUUGGAAAAUGCCAAAUGGGUUAAAGAAGGAAGACCUAAACAUGGACGAAUCAUCAGGUAUAAGUAUCUACAAGAAAUUUCCACUUGAACUUGUACCCAUCAAGUAUAACUGAUUGGGGAUUAUUUAAGUAGAAGGUACUUCAUUAUUAGUGUGUGUGUGUUUUUCAUAAUUUUAA